GAAAUGUUCCGUAGCGUCCAAUGUGAGGGCAAAGUCAGUCUCGAUAAGGGGGGGUCGGAGGACGAGUUCGACCAGUACGGCAUCGGCAUCUGGGUGAAGUUCCGCGAGCAGGAGCCGUUGAUGCGGCUGACGCGCAGCACGCAGUCGGGCGGCGAGCGCGCGCUGGCCACCGCGCUCUACCUGCUGGCGCUGCAGCGGCUGGCGCGCGUGCCCUUCCGAUGUGUCGACGAAAUCAACCAAGGUAUGGAUGAAGAGAACGAACGGAAAAUGCUCCAGUUACUCAUCCAAGCGACGAAAGAAAAUUCACAAUACUUCUUAUUAUCACCGAAGUUGCUACCCAACCUCCAUUACAACGAACGCGUAAAGUUACACACCAUAAUGAACGGUAAACAAAUAAUGAAAUGCAAAGAAUGGAAUUAUGAUAAAUUCUUGAAGAAUGCAUCUCGUUUAUAAAAUAUCCCUACAUAACAUUGAGUAUUUCACUACCCAAUUAUAUCUGUAAGUUUACGUAAGCCACAAUUGUGUUUAAAAAAUAUUUUUAUACAGUAUUUAUAUUUUAAUGGUGAUUUAUUCUUAAUAAUACUCUUACUUUGUCACUAAAAUUUGAAGUUUUCUGUGAUUGAAUUAACUAAAGCUUUUGUGACUAUAGUCAGUUACUUUGUCUGUAUUUACAGUCAGUUUUUCUGUAUUUAGAAUCAAUCAGUUUCUCUACUGACUAAAGUAAAUUAGGUGGUCUAAAUCCAUGACAAUGUGACGAGAAUUCGUUAAGUUCUGAGAUCAAAUUAAUUUGUGCUGUGCAUUUAAGUGAGAACUAUUAGUAAUUUUAGUACGUACGUGUUUCUUUUGUACAUUUAUUUUAAAAUUAUUUUUUAUUACAAGUUAAUUUCUUUUUA